AUGAAUAUAGAUUACUCCAUAUGCAAUGCUAUUAAGCAUGCUGCAAGAGGAAUCAAUGACUCCCUGGUAAUUUAUGAUGUGGGCUGCCAGUGGAGUCUUCAUUUUUCAGAACGUGUCAACAACUGCUCUAGCUUGACCCUCCCUGAUGACACAGAGAUUGUGGUUGCAGUGGGAAAAUUUCAUCUCAGCGCUCACAAGCUUGCUUGUUUUCCCAGAUACAGCCUGAACUUUAUUGUAGGAGCUGGGCAGGUUGAUGGGGAAAUUCUAGAGACACUCUGGGCUCCCUUCAAUAAGAUUUCUCCAACAGCACGUUCUAUGAGCCAAGCCCACCGUCAAGAAAUCCUUGAUGAUCACAUGCAUAACUCAAAUUGGAAAAAACUUGUCCAAAUUGUUAAGACGCUCUUGCAAAAGUACAAACGUGCCAAUAAGGGCAUCGAUGACACUAAGGUGCCAUUCCAAGAGCUCACACAUUCCUUGGAAGUCAGUAAAGUCUCCUCAUGGGAGAAAGAUGAAAAACGAGCUAUGGAACAAUGUGGAGAGCAUCUUGACAUAUACCAACUACAAAUAGAUAAAGCCCCAACAAUGGCAGAAAUUCGGCUAAAAUUAACCGAAACAGAAUAUGCUAAUACUAGCAAACGAGGAUCAAUAUCUUUACUCACCAGUGGUAUCAAUUUGGAGAAUGCUCAGUAUGUCAUUAUAUCACCUUCAUUUAAGCUUCCCAAAGAUGCAUCUGCCACUCAAAAGGCAGUAGUUGAAGAAAAACGACAAAAACUGGCAGCAAGGAUCUCGAAAUUUCAUGAAAUGGCUGAUGCCAUGACAGAAGGCAUCGAAGUUGACACAGGUACGGAGCACAUGGAUGACGUCAGAUUUUGUACUGCAGAUAUGGAGGAAGAAGAGAGGGAAGCAGCAGAUCCCAAAGUGACUUCUGAAGAAAUCUGUGAAGAAGUUGUUGCAGAAGCCAUGCGGAUCUGGAUGCCAUCAUCAAUACCUCACGACAAUGCUUUAGCCCUUGGCCUAGGUUCUCUACAAGCCGAAGAACUGCAGUUAUGGCAGGGUCAGGCAAAUGAUUGCUUGGAAAAGUUACAGCAGGCUCUCGGCCACAAAGCCAUAAUUUACCGUCAACAUUUUAGAAGUGCAGAUUCCACGUGGGUGGGUACCAGGUCAAAGCAAGAAGCUCGACGAUGUCAGAUCAAAAUCGAUCAGUGUGUUCGAAGCUAUCAGAGGGCCAGGAAUGCACUGCAGAGACUAGGAGUAGAUGAAGAUACUCUGAAGAAUGUUUAUCAAGAGAUUCAGCCGAGUCAGCUUAAUGUAAACAAGGAAGUCACUGAGGAGAACAGAUAUGGGCAGGGAUCAGACAGACUAGCUUGGUUUUGGAGGGUGAACAAUGGUCAUGAUUCUCCUGAAGAUGUAUGGAUGGAUGAAUUCUACAGGCUAAAUUGGUUGAAAGCUAAGGCUCGAUGGCAAAGGUGGGAGGAGGAGUUGAGUUUGGUUCAACAUGAGAUGGGGUGGACAGUGGGUUGGUUUAGAUACAAGAAGGAAGAAUGGGAACGAAGAUACCAUGAAGCCACAAAGCAUGGUCAUCAAGCCUAUGCACAACGACAGGUGCUCCUGUGGGGAAGGUUUUUAGUGAAUGCAGAAAAUUCAUUCAAGGACAAAAUGGUUGUAGUCACUUAA